AGAUACGUUUGUUUGCGAUACAACCAUGAACGCUUAAACGAAACGAACGGAUAGAAACGGGAAUUGUGCGGAAAUACAAUUUUAUUUAUUUAUUUAAUCGGUACGGCGGAAAAUAUUUAUAUUAACGGAUACUUGACGAAAUUUCGUGUGUGAUAUGGAAAUUUGUAUUAUGAAAAUUGCAAAUUUAAAAGGAAUUAAACAGAUUUUAAAUUAAAAAUACUUAAAUAAAGAAAUUCAAAAUUUUUAAGAAAAUUGUGCAAAUAAUUGAUAUAACCAAGAGAAAGUGUAUAAAUCAGUUAAAUAUUUAAAGGAUAAUUCUCUGUAUAAAAUAAGCUGUUGCUGACAAGGUACCCAACAACACAAUUAAAUGAAAAUCCUUCAACACAAUUGCGCAAAAGUCUAUUUAUUAAAUUAAUUUGGAUCAAGCGAUAUAAAAAGGCGAAAGACUUAAAAACACUCGAAAUUGAAAAAAAAGAUCAACAAUAAAGCGCCACUAACCAAGUAAUUGUAUUAUUUAUUAAAAUCAUCAGUAUUUAACGUAAGAUCAACAAACGCCUCUCAUAAAUUGUAAAUAAAUAACAGCAACGACGACUGUCGUCUUCGUUGACGAUAGUAACAGCAGCAGCAUAAGAUUCCGAAAAGAAAGAAAUAUGUACAUAAAUAUCACUAUCUGUGGUGGACUCAUGUGAGAACAAUUUAUGACGUCACACAUAAAUAAAUUAUAAAUAUUAUUACAACUACACUAAAAGUCCAACAAAAGAGAUAGAGAGCUAGUGAUCGUGUAAAUAAUUUGCACUAUAUAAAACUCUGAAAAGUAACAGCAACAAUAACAACAUAUUAAAGAUUACAAUACAUUAUACACUCACGACAUCAAUUUUCUUGAAAAGAGUAUCGGAAAAAUUGAAAUCGUUAAUUGAAGAAAAAAAAAGAAAGAAAAUCCACAAUGAAUAGUUUACGACCGAACAGUGUUAGUGAUACAACUCCCCUGAAGAGGCUGGAAAGUCAAAGCAGUUGCAGUGAACCAUCUUCACCGACAAUCAAUGGUGGUAGUGCCUUGUGUGUGGGUGUAACGGCAACAGCAACAAUUGCCGCAGCAGCAACAAUCGCCAAUGGUAGUUGUUUAGUGGGUGUAAAUGGUCUCGGUGCUACUGGUCAUGGUAGUGAUACUACAACUUCGUCAUCGACCACAACAACAAGUACAACAUUGUCAUUGAAUAAUCAUCAUAUUAAUAAUUACAGCAACAACAAUAAUAAUAAAAACGAAAAAAGUUUAAAUAUUUUCGGAAAUUCCGGUAUUAUUGGUGGCGUCUGUGGUGGCGGCGGUGGUGGUUUAAUUGGCAUUGGAACAGGUGACAAACAUAAAAUGGAGUUGCAUGGUACCCGGAAAAUAUGUUGCCGUCUAUUGGUGGAUUUAAUGAUACUGGCCUGUGUUGGUCUACCCAUAUUAAGUUUCAAUUUAUGGGGUGAAUCGUAUAAACGUGGCUUCUUCUGCAACGAUGAUUCUCUAAUGCAUCCAUAUCAUGAAUCGACCGUGGCCAGUUGGAUGUUGUAUUUGAUGUGUUUUUUAAUACCAAUUUUCAUGAUAACAAUCGUUGAAUUUUUCAAAUCGAAUUCACAUAAAAUGCAUACUUUUGGCAAUUUAUCAAGCAGCAAUUAUUACUUCUUACAUUUGGAAAUACCCGACUGGCUGGUGGAGUGUUAUAAACGUAUUGGUUUGUUAAUAUUUGGUUCAGGUGUUUGUGAAUUAACUACAGAUAUUGCCAAAUAUUCGAUUGGACGGUUGAGGCCACACUUUUUUGCGGUCUGUCAACCCAUAUUACCCGAUGGCUCAACAUGCGAUAAUCCCCUAAAUGAAGGACGUUACAUUGAAGAUUUCACUUGUCGUGGUUUGGGUUAUUCUACGAAAAUCAUAAAAGAAGCCUAUUUAUCAUUUCCCAGUGGUCAUGCCAGUUUUACAUCAUUCACAAUGAUCUAUAUAGCGAUUUAUCUACAUAAACGCAUGACCUGUUCGCGCAGUAAAAUGUUUAAGCAUUUAUUACAAUUUAUGUUUCUUAUGUUCGCCUGGUAUACAUCAUUGACACGUGUUUCCGAUUAUAAACAUCAUUGGACCGAUGUUUUGGCUGGUUCAUUGAUUGGUACACUGUACGCCAUAAUAGUGACUUGUUCUAUGUGGUAGAAUUAAGAUGAUAACUAAAGUUGAAGGAGUAUAUAUAUGGAACACUUAUUUACUUUCCUAUUGGAAGAUUAUUAAUUUAAGGCGGCGUUUACACCUGAAAGCAUAUACAUACUAAUUUUCGUUUGUCAAUUUUUUUUUAAAACUGAAAACUCUUUAGCUGAGACCUACCUAUGCUGAAAUAUUAAUUUUGAAUUGCAGGUGUAAACGUUGUUAUAAUUUGGGAUUUAAUCCCUAUAAAUGUAAUUUCUUUUAAGUAUAAAUAUUUACACAAUUUUCUUUGGUUUAAAUUGCUUUAAUUUUGCUUUUAAAAUUAAUUUUAUUUAAAAUUCUUUUUAAAAAAGUUUAAAAUAUUACUAUUAGUUAAAGAAAUAUUGUCAUGAUUACAUGCUAACAGCAACUAACUGAACAAAUUUUUUUUUAUAUAAACAAAUUUUAUUUGACACUAGUUUUUUAUGUUGAACAUAAAUUGUUUGUUACGUGAUGUCAAUAUGUUAUUAUGGUUAAUAUUUUAAACUAUAUAACUAAUAUUAUUAAUUUUACUUUAUAUGUAUUUGUGCAUUUGUAAUCUCAUUAAGUUUGUUCAUCUUUUUUAGUUUUAAGUUUUAUUUUUAAACAUUUAUUUUUCAAAGUAUUUAUUGUAAUUUAAAAAAAGGUAUUAUUUUUACACCACAUCACACAGCAAACAAGCAACAAAAACUUGUAAUAAAUUUUAAGCAACAAAAA